UUGAAGCGCGCAGAGCGUCCGCGAUGCCGCGGCCAGUCCGCCUCAUUCGCCAGACUCGAUUACAACGAACAUCAACCCGUUACAUUUCCGCUAGUCCGUGUAUACUAACAUUUUUACACAAAAAUGAGUGCGAAAUAUACUUUUCUUAUAUACUACCUUUUAUUGGCUUGUCAUGUUAAAUCAAUUUCAUACGAUCAGCGGCAAACAGGCGAAUUUAAUGUUCAAGUUGAUGUUAAGGAUGUACAAAUCAUAGCUCUUAUGAAAGGCGGCAAAGAGGAAUAUGUGGACUACGACUAUGCUUAUGAUUAUUCUGAAAUGACAAUAAAGCCGCAAAAUCGAACGACACCAAAACCGACGACAACCAACGGUACAAGCGCGACAACAGAUUCAAUACGAGAUAAAACUACAAUAGCCACAACGGUGCUCGUCGAACGCACGACUUCACCGUCCAUCUCGGAGACAUCGAGUACAAUCGCAGAUGUAACAAUCAUAAAAACUACAGUUGAGAUUAACAAUGUAACAGAAAGCGCGGUAACAACGCACAAAAAGAACGUGACUACAACAUCCGAAUCUACAAAUACUGGCUGUAAGAAAGGAUUCGUUUUGAAUCAAAAAGGGGAAUGUGAACUAAAAUUACAGGGAACUGGAAAUGCAUUGCUUAAGCUUGUAAAGCUUUCACAAAAGCUGAAGUUAAGAAGAGAAAAUAAAAGUAAGACAGAAGAUGAUUAACAGAAGAUGCCAUAAGAAAUAAAAUCCAUACUUUACAAGUUGUUAGUCAGAAGACUAAAAUAAAGGUUAAUUAUGUCAAAGACUGCUAAUAAAUUUGGAACUUAGAUUUUUUGUUAUUACUUUUACUAAAGGAUCUUAAAUGAAAGGUAUUGUGUAUAAAAAAAGAGGUAAUAAGUACAAAAUUUCAGCAUGUGGCUCUUUAAUAACAUAUUUGUGUGCAUUUACAAUUUUGUGCAUCAAUAAAUGUUUGGAAUCAUUAUUUGGUGUGGGACGGGCACUAGUAAACAUUCACAUUAAAGUUAUUUUGUACUA